AUGGCACUCGCCGGAUCCCCCAUGGCGGAUUUUCUCCACCCGAGUCUGCCCUCACGCGUGCUGGGCCUGUCAGACGCAUCGAGUAUUGUGCUCUUGCUGUUGGUUUUUGGGGUAACCUACCAAACGUGCUCAAUAAUAUACAACGUCUUCCUCCACCCCCUGCGGAACGUGCCGGGCCCGUUCUGGAGCCGGGCGACGCGGGUUCCAUGGGCCCUGCAAAGCGUCCGCGGCACGCAGCCGUUCCGAACCAAGGAGGCGCACGACCGCUACGGGCCGGUGGUGCGGAUAGGGCCGGACCACCUGUCCUUUACCGACCACCGGGCCUUUGAGGACAUCUACGGGCAUCGGAUCGGGGUCAAAAAAGCCGUGCCUGAGAUGCGCAAGGCCGGCAUCUUCUUCGACCCGCCCUUUCCCGAAUUCUCGCCCAGCAUCGCCAACGCCGACCGUGAAAACCACGCCAGGCUCCGCAGGGCGCUGGCGCACAGCUUUUCCGAAAAGGAGCUGCGGAAGCAGGAGGAGCUGAUGAACUUUUACCUGCGCAAGAUGGUUGGAAGACUUUGCGAGCUUUCCCCAGAGGGGCCGGUCGAUAUCGAGAGCUGGGUCAACUAUGCAGCCUUUGAUAUCACUGGGGAAAUGGCAAUGAAUUUGCAUUUCAACUGUCUCGAACAGGCCGAAUUCCAUGUGGCCAUCAAGACAAUCCUCGAUAUGCUACCCUCGAGUGUGGUUUCGCUUGCAAUACAGUACCUUGGUUUUGAAAAGCCUCUCAAAGCCGUCUUUAGGAUGGCGGGCGGCGUCCAAGCGGCCAAAGAUCUGAGAAAGGAAUUGGACAAGAUGCUUAUUUACCGGCUGCAACAAACCAACAUGAAAGACGUCAUGGAGGAGCUCAUUUCACGAAACGACUUUUUGGGACUUGACUAUGAAGGCAUGGUAGCCCAUGCGCUGGCUUUUUUAAUCGGCGGCGCCGACACUAUAAUAGCCCCGUUGACCGGUGCCAUCUUCUUCCUCUUGAAAAACCCGGACAAGAUGGAGAAACUCAAGCAGGAAGUCAAUGUACGGAUCAAAUCAGAGUCGGAUAUCACCAUCGAGGCCGUCAUGUCCAUGCCGUACCUCAUCGCCACCCUCAAAGAAGCCCUGCGUCUGUCUCCGCCACUCCCCUCCGGUCUGGUCCGCGUCAUCCCUGAAGGUGGGAACGAGGUCGCUGGGGUCUGGGCGCCCGCCGGUACCAUGGUAGAGGUCCAGCAGUGGGCCAUGGGACACAGCGCUUCUAAUUGGGAGAACGCACAGCAGUUUAUACCCGAGAGGUUCCUGGGAGAAGAUCUGGAUGACAAUCUGGAGGCCUACCAGCCCUUUAGCGUCGGCCCUCGGGCAUGCCUUGGCAGGAACCUCGCCUACAUCAUGAUGCGAUUGACCCUGUGUCACAUUGUUUAUAAUUUCGAUAUGAAGCUGGCAGAGGAUAGCCAAGAAUGGUUUCAGAGGCGGAGGAACUUUUUUGCAUGGGAAAGGCUGCACAUGAAUACUCACCUGAGCCCUGCUCGCUAG